CAAAUGAGGACAAAUGGCAUGGGAACAGUUAUCCUCUCUGACAUGGAUUCAUCCUGCAGCUCCUGAUGAGUACUGAGCUGAGAGGCCUGUGAAAGGAAGACGCUGGUGGUGGACACAGUCCCUCAGGGAAAAACCAAUCAGAGACACAGGCUGAGUGUAGGAUGGAGGAAAUAACCAAGGACAUGGACAACAUGACCAGCCAGCAGGCUCUCUGUGAUCCUGACCAGAGGAGAAGAAAAGGCCCGUCCAUCUCCACUCUCAAAUUGUUCAUCGUGGCGCUGUCCUUCGCCUGUUUCUCCAAGGCUCUGACAGGAACCUACAUGAAGAGCUCCAUCACUCAGAUCGAGAGGCGGUUUGACCUCUCCAGCACACACGUUGGACUCAUAGACGGCAGUUUUGAGAUGGGUAACUUGCUGUUUCUUGCUGUGGUCAGCCAUUUUGGAGCUAAACUGCACCGUCCUAGACUCAUAGCCGUUGGCUGUUUCCUCAUGGCUGUGGGGGCGUUUCUCACUGGCCUGACACACUUCUUCAUGGGACGCUACAAGUACAACACGGUCAUUCAGAUUUUUCAGAAUGACAGCGCCAACAUCGCCGCCUGUGUGGAUCCUCUGGAGAAAGAAGUUGACGUUCAGAUAGAGCCAGCUGUAGAAGACAACAAAGCCUGUGUGAAGGAAACUGGUUCAAAUAUGUGGAUCUAUGUUUUCCUGGGAAACGCCCUGCGGGGGAUUGGAGAGACCCCGGUCACACCUCUGGGCGUCUCGUACAUCGACGACUUUGCCAGGGCAGAAAACUCACCUUUUUAUAUCGCUUGUCUCCAGACCAUCACUCUCCUGGGACCCAUGUUUGGGUUCCUCCUGGGUUCCUACUGUGCCAAACUCUAUGUUGACAUCGGAUACGUGGACGUAGAGAGUGUGACCAUAACUCCCAAAGACGCCCGCUGGGUGGGCGCCUGGUGGAUGGGCUUCAUGGUGUCCUCCGCCCUCCUGCUGAUCUCCAGCGUUCCCUUCUGGUUCCUGCCCCGCUCCCUUCAGAAAGAGGGAGAAGAGAGCAAGUGUGAGAGCCUGGACGGGACAGAGGACGUCCUCAGGAAAAACCACCACCUCAAGCUGACUGACAUUGCUAAAGGAUUUAUUCCCUCACUGAAGCGCUUGUUGGGAACGCCGGCUUACUUCUUGCUGAUCUGUGGGAGCGUCCUGAAGUUCAACUCCUUCAUCGGCCUGUUUACCUUCAAAGCCAAAUACAUGGAACAACAGUUCGGACAGUCUGCCUCCAGAGCCAACUUCCUCAUAGGUGUUUUGAACCUGCCAGCUGUGGCAGUGGGGAUUUUCCUUGGUGGGCUGCUGAUGAAGAGGUAUAAGUUGAGUUUGGUCUCAGGAGCCCAGCUCUCCUUUGCGACGUCCUUCAUGGCUUACCUCCUCCUGCUGCUGCAGUUUGGCACCAAGUGUGACAACAUCCCAGUGGCUGGGCUCACCGUCUCCUACAACGGGACACGGACUGUGUCAUACAACAAGGACAUGCUCUACUCAGACUGCAACAGAGACUGCUCCUGUUCUGCAGAAGACUGGGAUCCUGUGUGCUCAGACAGUGGUAUCACCUACAUCUCUCCCUGUAUGGCCGGCUGCAUUAGCUCCAGUGGACACGGCAAGCACACAGUCUUUCACAACUGCAGCUGCGUGUCGACCUCCUACCCAGCAGGCAGCAGUACGUCCGUGAGGCUGGGCCAGUGUCCACACGCCAAGGACUGCAGCCGCAGUUUCACCUCAUACAUGGCCGUCUCUGUCCUCAGCUCCUUUAUAAACUCUCUGGGAGCUACACCAGGCUACAUGGUCAUUAUAAGAUGCAUCGCACCAGAGCUCAAAUCCCUUGCUCUCGGUAUCCAGACGUUGGUAACUAGAACUCUGGGUGGAAUUCCCGCUCCGGUCUAUUUCGGAGCCCUGAUUGAUUCCACCUGCCUGAAGUGGUCGAUUAAAAAGUGUGGUGGGAGAGGAGCAUGCCGCAUUUAUGACUCUGCUAUGUACAGGUAG